AUGACCCAAGGGUGUGUAAAUAAACAGAAAUUUUCAUUUGUGGAUGAACUUAAUUUAGGAAAGUCUUUGCUAUGGCUAGAUGGCAAAUGCGCAAACACCAAGUGUAAUGUUUGUUUUGUAAAUCAAACUCUAUAUAACCCAAACCAUAGAUCAUGUAGAUGCCACAUUUAAGUGCUCCAGACUUGUUAACAUGGGCACUAUCUUGAAACAAUCACCAUGCUAUAGCUCACAGUGAAAACACAAGGACGGCUAAUGGGACAUCUAUGUUUAGGUGCCUGUGGUCCGUGUUUUAUUUUAAAAUGGAGGCAAAUCAGAUCUACUGUAUGGUAUGAGGAUUUUCCAACAGAGCACCGAAUGGAGUUACAGAACUAAUCCUUUUUGAAACCCUAUGAAGUUUUGGGAUUUUAUUUUGUAAGCAUCAAUGUUGUCUAUAAGCUAGUAUGUUCCAAAACAUUGUCAAAAUUCACAUAUGCAUUCCACAUUUACAAAAUGAUAAGUGUAGAUGCAAAAACUUCCAAAUGCCGCUUGAUAUUUUCUUCUAAAAUUAGCAUUCUUCUCGGACUCUUGUGUGUAGGCUCAAAAAUGUAACUUUUAUAGUGACAGAUAAGUUCUUUCCAUUGUCUUUAAAAUGAAAUAACUGAACAUAAACAUAGGAGGCUGAGAAAAAAAUGCUCAUUUUAGGAGAAAAUUUCAGAUGAUAUUUAGAGGAUUUUGCAUCUGAACUCUUCAUAUCUCCUGACUGCCAAUAUGGAGCAGUGAUUUUGAUUGCAUCGUUUUGCACUUCAGCUUCUUAUCAAAAGUUCUGUUUGAUCAAAUGCUCUAGUAUCUAAAGCGUUGCAGCUGAAAUCAGUCACUUGUUCGCACAAUAACUAUUUCCUAUAUAGUGAAUGGCACAGGAGAAAAAGGGAAUGAAAAAUAUGCUUUCAAUUGUGACUCUAGCUGACUUUAUCAUCUCACACUGUGCAUCCUUCACUCCUAUUCUGUUAUCUACCUUUUUAACACAGAGGAGAACGCUUUUAUAUAACAUGCAGUGCUAAAUAAUGCCUUUAUAAACUAAAAACCUUUUCCUACCUACAGAAUUGGUUUAUAGGAUGGAAGUCAUUAAACAAUAUUUCAGCUAUGAAUGCAGCUUAGCCCAUGAUGGUCUUGUUUAGGUUUGUCCUCUGCCACUCAGGCUCACCCUGGAUGCCCUCAUGCAAAGUAAUCUCUUUUCUUUUUUAACAUUCACAUGAAUUGCAGUUUAAGCUUUUCAUGUAUUAAAGGAUUAGGUCUAAAGCCUAGGUGGGAGAGGUGGUUUUUAUGGGCUUAAUAAAAUCUGGAAGAUAGGCCCCUUGCCAUUUCAGCUCUCACUUCCAACACUCAAAGAAAAAAAUAUAUAUAAACACACUACGUUAAGAACUUUUUGCUAUAUUGAUUAUGGCAGGCGCUCUUUGUACACAAACUUGAAGUAAAAUAUUAAAUGUUCAGAUUCAGCUGCUUUUCAUGUGCAUUUAAUGAUCUUUAGAAGUCUUAUGGUACAACAAACAAUUAAUGCUAUUAUAAUGUGUAUCGACUCAUUCUUAUAGUCUUUUCAAAAAAAUGUUACAUUAAAACUUGCAUUAUAUUGACUACAAGUUGACUACAAAUUCACUACAAGUUAAAUUGCUCUUUAAACAACUUUCUCAAACAAUGCUGUUUUAAACUUCAGUCUUAAUGUGAUUAAUAAUAAAGUGUGUGUGUGCAGAUUUUACCAGUAAUAAGUCACCAUAAGUGUAGAAAGAAAGCUCAUUAUAUACGUGCAGAAAUAGCCUGUUAUCUUAUCAGAAUGCAAUAGUAGUGAUUUAUUUCGUUUGGAUCCUCUCUGAAAAUUAAACCACCAGGAAUCCAUUACAGAGGUCUCAGCAUAAUCUAUUGUAUCUUUUGUAACUCAUAUGUUUAGGUUGCUUUAUUUGUGCUGUACCAUAAACCAAUGCCAACCAUGGCUAAAGCUCAUCUGAAUUAUUUAGUAUGGCUUUAACUUGUUACAUUGACACCUACUAUAAGAUUCAGUCUAUUAUAAAUUUGUCCGCACUAUGUUGCCAAAUCUAUUGUUUCUGCAUCCAAAACUCCUCAUUUGACACAUGAUAUGUGGAGCAGAGGGGCAGUAGACAUUCAUGACUCUUCUGUCAAUUAUUCAGGAGUAAGCUUGCAGGUUCAGGUUUCCUUACUGCAGCUAAGACAGGCUAUCACAUAGCAAAACAAUGUCUGUGUCCUAAAAGGACAGCAUUCAGUCUAGCAAAGUGUUUAUGGCCCUUCUGAUAAUUUCACUGAUGGCAAUUCGACCAUAUUUAAGGUGUUAGAAGUGAUCUUGCUUUUCACACAGUUCUCUUUUGAAGCUAUGCAAAUAAUGCUUUUGGCAAAUGCAAAGCAACCUAAUGUCAUCUUUUAAAGCCUUGCUAAUCAACAACACUGUGUUCAUGGGAAAGAACUUUGAUCCUCAGCAUUUACUGUGCAAACAGUAGCAUCCUGUUCAUACAUUCAUAUUUGUGUAAUUGAUGUAGUAUAUCAGCAAACACCACCUCUUAAGUAAAUAUACUUUCUUCAUUCUCACCGAUUAUAUUUGCAAUAGUCAAGCUAUUUUCAUAGUUAAAUAGACAUAUCAUAAUUUAAAACAAGAUAAUCUGGUAGACAAUGCACAAUUUGCAUGUCUUAUCUAUUAUGGACUGUGCUUUCUUUACACUGGAAGAAGCCAGCUUCAUAUAUAAUAAAAUAUAAGCUAUUUUCAUAAUUAAAAUAAAUUCUGAGAUCUCUGAGGAGGGUUACAUAAGCAUUCAAAGCCACUGUGUUGUGUUUUCUUAGUGAUCACCUGCACCAGGUGGAAUGAUACCUGUCCCCGCCCUCAGAGAACACAGGAUGCAAAUGCUGUUGUUGUACAUAUCAGGUUUUAGUCACCCUGUGGGAGGAGAGGCAGCUGACAGUGUGCUUCUACUUGCAGAUACUAAAAGACAAGCCCACACUGGCUGAGAUACUCAAGGGAAGAGGCUCCAAAUAAAAUCCAAUGUCCAGCAGAUGACCAUAGAUUUCACUACAGAGAUGCCAAUUGCGGAAUUGCUUGGAGUGCACUUUGACAUGCAGCUCCUGGGUAAACUGACCUUGUCUGUGGCCACCAUGCUGUUUGUUUCCUUGGUUUUCAGAUUCUACAACUCCAGGGCACGAAACAGAAGGCAAGAAAGGAUUCAACGGGGUGCACAAGCAACCCAAGGAAGCAACGGUGCCUACAACAGAGAGCAAAAACAACAGAGCGAAGAUGCAAAGGAGGAAAAUUAUAUUCAACAAUCUUCAGAAAAACUCUUGGAGGAAAGUGUUAAAAAUGCUAGUGCUGCAUUGGAAGGGGGUCAACCGGAAACUAUGGACAUGGACACUUGUCCAAACGGGGAAACUACAGGUAAAAUCAACACAGUUGAUAAUAUACACGAGCCAACAAAAAACAAACCAAGACUGACCUUACAGCUUCCUGAUGUGACUGAAAAAGGACCCGGUAGUCCAAGUGGUCGGCGAUCGCCAUGCCUGGUAAAGAAGCUAACAGGUGGUACAGGUGUUGGCAGGGAGUUAAGACAAGAUGUUGGUCACCAAGGCAUGUACUCAAGUUUUCAAUCAAAAGCAGAAAUCAAAGUAGAGAAUGCUGACCUUAUCCUGGAUGGGUCAAGAGAUGGUAGAACAGGUGUUCACGGGAAGAUCUAUGAGUACUAUGUGGAGUCAUCUUCUCAUUUCAUCUCAGAUUUAAGCCCCACCCGCUCUGUCAAUCCAGCCUAUGGUCAAAACGAAAGCACUUCGUUUAAAUCCCAAUCACUGGAUUUAUCUCAUUUCAAGGAACGCUCCCGAUCACCAAGUCCACAGCCUUCUAGAUUCUUAAUGAGAGACCUUAACAUUACUCCGCGAUUUACUAAUGAGCCUCCCUCAACGUUCAAGCCAGAGACAGUGAGAUACAGCAGGCAUGUAGUCAUCCGUCAGGACAGCUAUCUUACUGCUGCUAUUGACUCUGAGCUUCCAAUCCCCUUGCCCACACAAAGGACUUUAACUCCUCGCAGCUUUUCUCCAGCUCGACCCAGUGACACCCCUUCAAGCCCAUUAGAGUCUGACAUAGCAAACCUUGAUGACCCUGAGGAACCACAAGUGGAGACUCUAGCCGGAGCAAAAUUCAUACAUUUUCCAGAGAACGUGGGGAACGCAGAACUCGAGAGUCUAACAGGGAAGCUGGAUUUAGGCAACUGCUUGGAGGCUUUAACACUUGCUAAAAAACAUGGCCACACCGCCCUUCAGCAAGCUGCUCUCCGUGUCAUGUCUGAUAAUUACCUCCAGGUCUUUAGAGACCCAGGCCUCUUUGGCAGGCUGAAAGCAGGGGAGCGUGAUCACAUCCAAACACAACGCAUGAGAGGAAGGAAGUGGUUAGUGGUCGCAGAUAUGGAGUCCCCAGACUGGAGUAGACGUCUGUCACAGUCUACAGAUUUGGAGUCUGAAUCAGUUAAGACAUCUAACGGAAUGUAUUACUAUGAUGAUUAUAAGGACACAUGGCACCUGCAUUCCCACAUUCCCCAGGAAGUGUUAUCUAAAGGUUGUGCCAUGUGCACCAUGGAUAAUUAUCUAUUUAUCGCUGUGGGUUUCCAAGGCCAGGACCGUGAAGCAACCCCUUCAAAGAAAGUUUACUGUUACAACCCAGUGACUUCAAUUUGGAGUGAAAUAAGCCCCAUGAAUGAGGCAAGGCCUCACUGCAAACUUGUAGCUCUGCAAGGCCAUCUUUAUGCCAUUGGAGGGGAAUGCUUAUCAACAGUUGAGCGAUAUGACCCCAGGACUAACCGAUGGACUUUUGUGGCACCUCUUCCUAAUGAAACAUUUGCCGUAGCUCAUCGUGCCACAGCUUGCAAUGGUGAACUGUUUGUUGCAGGGGGCACAUUAAGAUACACCCUCUUGCGCUACAAUCCCAAAACUAACACAUGGCGAGAGAGCAUGAUUGUCGGCAGCAGGGACAAGACUGCAGAACUGUUAGCAGUGAAGAACUUCUUAUACCGUUUUGACGUCAAUCCCCUUGGCAUCAGCGUGUAUCGCUUCCAUGCAGUGGCAAGACUUUGGUAUGAAUGCUCCACAAUACGCCUCCCCUAUUGCACUGCCUUUCAAUGUGUGCCUAUGGACAAUAUUAUCUACUGCGUGAGCCGUCAAUUUACCUUGAGGUUCCUUGCAGAUGAGGUAUCUCCAAGCUUUGUUGCACAGGAUUUGAAAGUACUAUCCCCGGUUAAAGGCAUUUUGUUUCCGUUCGUCCUUGUGCUGCCCGAAAGGACCACUCAACAAACUUGUGUUUAAGUAAGGUCAAGGUUUUCUGGUUAGAACAAAAACACUCAGGAACACAUUAUGCACAUGUUAAAGGAAUGUACCUUUUCUUAAUUAGUGGCAAUCGAGAUGAAAUAUCAAGGCCAUUACAUCCAAUUAUUUUAAAGCUAGUACACAAUUACACAGCACUUACUGAUAAAUAAAUCUGUUGUCGCAGUGAAGGCUAUUUAUUUGUUUGGACCUUUCAACCACUCAGAUGUCUAAAUCAGACGUUAAAUCCUGGAAAUGUCUUGCGCAAGUGCUUAAAAUGUUUCAGUAAAUAUACAGCUUUUGAAACACUGUGUGGAUAAUGUUAACCAAUCAAUAGUGUGUGUAGAAUAAAGCCGAAUUGUAAUUGCAGAGCUGGCAUCAUAAACAACAUGAAUGGCUGCCAUUACCACAAUUUAUGUAAGCUGGCUAAUUAUAUUCAUAGCUUCUUUCUUUCAUAAUCUUUAUUAUUAUUAUUUUGCAUAUCACAUGUAAUUAAUCUACCAGCGUUUUAAAAUAUGUAUUACAUGUCAUUUAAAUAUUUAAAUAUAUUUGUAUGCAUUUUUCAUGACACCAAGUCUUGACACCGGGAUGGGAUUUUAUUUAAUGCAUGAUGUCUAAUUUUAUGUUAAAUCUUUGAACUCUUUUCAAAGAACUUCUUUUACAUCACUGAAUCACUUUGGGGAGUCCAGAGGCAAAAGUUUAUCUUCUCCUUGUAUAUACCAUUCCACAUUAUAGAAAGAACUAAUGACUUAAUGGGAUGCUUUGCCUCUCCGUGCACAUUUCUGUCUCUAUCUUCUGAAGAGCUGGGAAUAAAAAUUCUCUCAUCUAUUAUAA